ACAAGACCACGCCUCCUACUACCAAAUAUGGCAGAGUGGCUGUGUGAACAAAUGUCAUUUUCCUUGCAUAUUCAAGGUCCAGGAGCAAUUUUCGAUACGUGAGUGAAAAGCGUGGAUGUCAAUAAGCCUACAGUCUGUUUUGAUGCCCGCAGAGGAAAAUUAAAGAGCCGUUUUUGACGCAUGGUGCCACCGUGCUCUGCAUGUGACACAGAGUACAGGGGCGGGGCGGAGAGUCUCGUGUAUCGUACCGUGGAACACAGAGUCCUAGUCCGCGUAGAGAGCAGACCAGCCAACAGCCACACCAAGGAAGAGUCUCCUAGACGACAAUAGACACACACACACCUUGACCUGCCAACUUAUUCCCCUGAUUUGAAGACAGCAUCGUGGAAACAUCCUCAAGGAUAAGUUGCAGUGAGAGCUUGACGAGCCAAAGCUAUCUGUGCAGAGAGGAGAUGAGUACCAAGAGGAAGGCAGAGAUCCACUCAAGGGCAGCAAACAGACCUCGCAUCAUGAAGUCUGGAGGCUCCCGAGCUGAUUCAGAGCGAGACUCCGGCUUCUCAGAUACAAGCUCUGAGCACACAAGCACUAUGGACACCACAGACUCUGAGGAUUCACCCCGCCCUGCAGCACCAAAGGGACAGCAGAAGUCUGGCUCGGGGCCCCAACCUUCUCAGCUAACUGUAGUGGGAGGCUCCUACUCGAAUCUCUCACCCAUGAUCAUCAUGAACAACGUUGUCCUCAAGCAGCCUGGAGAUAAUCCUCCAGCACUAAAGCCCUGGAGGUUCAGUCCAACAGUGGAGGUGGUUCAGCCUGUGGUCCAGCAGCCUCAGGUGGUCUUUCUCCAGCCCGUAGUCUCUCGUCAGGCUUCCCCAGCCUCUAAAGACACCUCCUCCAGACACAGACGUCCUAAGAAGUAUCUUCCGAUCCUGAAAUCCUACCCCAAAAUUGCUCCUCAUCCUGGAGACAGCUCCAGUUCCUCAGGGAGAGGGACUGCCUCAUCAUGUUCCUCCUCCUCCUCUUCCUCCUGCUCCUCCUACUCCUCCUCCUCCUCUUCUACAGAGUCAAAGAGAGGCAGUGGUUCGACCUCCACCCACCGGGAACACUGUCAGAGAGAGAAACAGCAGAAAAGUUUGUGUGCUGUAUCGACUAGCUCGGCCUCGUCUACUCCCAGUCUUCCUGCGAGCCCCUGCCCCAUGUCUCCACUGCUGCAGAACCGACUUUCCCUGCACGCAGUGGACACCAGUGCCAGCAGCAGCCCUACCAGAGAGAUGCCCUCACCAGCUGUCAGCCAGUGUGAGCUUACCACCUCCCUGUCUUUCACCCAGUCGUCAGGCUCCAAAAAACAGGCUCUGCUGGUUCCCUUUGAGACCCCUCAAGACAACGACUCAUUAGAAGACAAUGAGAGCGAUACCAAGAGGAAACGCUUCUGCAACACUUACAACAUUCUGAGCAAAUCCGGCCUGCUAGACAUUGCGCUCCGCACCAAGGAGCUCCACCGGCAGAACCGACGCACCCAGAGCGACCUGGACAAGUUGAAGGAGCACACAGACCUGUUCCUCCAGGCCGCGUGGAGCAAUGACACCAGCAUCUUUUUGAAACUGCAGGCCAGCCUCCAAAAGGAAGACCAAGAGAAAGAGAGGGAGAGAGCUGCUCAGUCCAGCUUGAAGGAAGAUUAGACUGAGACUAGUGCUAGACAGUAAUCCUUUAGACCGAAAAGGGAGGGGGGCCAGGGUGGGAGGUUGGAGCGUGUGGCGACAGAUGGACCGAAAGUAAUGUGCUCCACAAUACACUCACACCCCCAGACUCGACACUCACACAGAUAGAGCUGUGGCCUACAUUUUGGCUGUCAGCUGCCUAAGGGCCCUGAUACAUCAUGGAGACCUCAAAGAUUUGGUGCAGAAAAAAGACUCUCAGUUGCCUCUUGUCUAGUGGUAAAAAGUGCACUUGAAAAGUGUAGCUGAUGGCAAGUUGACCGCCAACAUGCACAUAUGUUCUGCACCUGUGUUAAUGGAAGCUUUGUGCUUGUGAUCCAUAAAACUUCACAGAGGGAGAACCAAGCAAACUACCCCACCAUUUUUAUUUUCCCUGGAAUUUUGUAAAAAAAAAAAAAAAGACUAAUUUUAUGCUCAGAUUAGAGACUGAGGGUAAAGUUCAUCCUUUUUUGAAACUUUCAGUGGAAAUGGUGCCCUUUGCGUCGCUGCUCUCUGAUGUUAUCAGCAUGAGGUGCUAAAAGAAAUAAAUGGAGGUGAAAAGAAAACAUGCUUACUGUUCCACAUUUGCACCUUUCUCCAAAUUGUUGUUCUUAUUUCAAGCCCAAAUGUUGUUUUGUUUUAGAUCUUUAAGAUCCUGAUUUUAGAAAGCAAGGAUCUCACAAAACCACAAGAAGUUUGAAUCUUACAAAGAGAAUCAAAGCCGCGUGUGCAUGUGGUCAAAAAUGCAUCAUAGUCCAGAUGCUCUUAAUUCAUAAACCUUAAACCCUGAGUCUGGAAAGUGUAGACUCAAAGGACAGCAAUAUUUGAAAAACGUAAACAACAACAGUCAAUGGUCAGAGAGAGUGUUUGGAGGUGAGAUCGUAAACCACCAUUUCCCAUGGUUCCUCUUUGUAAAGCUGUAUUUUUUGUCUGCAUUGUAUCCACAGCAACUGAGGCAAAGUGCAUGAUGUCUGGACAAACAAAUUGAAUCUGAUCAGAGACCCAAGUUUAAAUAAGACCAGAAGUACAGCUCACUGUUCUACCACACUGAGUACGUCGCCUCGGCUGAAACCUUUACUCUGCUCUGCUGCAGAACUAUUUUGCUCAACUGCAAUCAAGACCUUAAAGCCCUGAGAGAUUUGGAUCUGAGGCAUGGAGGGAUGGAUAUAAAACUCCUUAUUUGACUGAACGCACAAUACAGGCGCAGAAUAUAAAAGCUUGAUGAAAACCCCUGAGGCUCCAUAUUAAACUUUAAAGGUGCAUGGCAAGGUGUUUUUAUCUAAGACUGAAACAUCAGACUGCUCAUUCUGACUACAGAGUGUCUCAGAACAUGAACUGAUCAGGUUGACAAUUCUGUGUUUGUUAUUUUUUUGCGUCUUCAUUUAAGGUCUCUAAAGUGUAAUACUGAUGUAUUUGCAGCUGACAGUCAAAGCAUGUACACCAUCAGAGUUAUUAAUAUGCAGCAGUUACAGUUAUGUAAAACUGAUGAUUAUGACAGGCCUAAGGAAAUACUCUCAUGUCACUGAAUGCAUCCAGAGCCCAUCACCAGUCAGACUUUUGAAGUAAACAAACAUGCGCCUUAAGUGUCAUUUUAGUUCCAGCUGCAUUUUCAGACUCGGUGAGGAAGAUUUGGCACAUCUCGUUAACGGGUUUUAAGUUUAGCAUUCCCAUCGUGUUGACAGCAGCUGUACACCAGAGUGAGCUGGAUGGAGGAAAGCUCUUAACAGCCAUUUAGAUGCUUCCCUGGUAUCAUCCCAGUGUAAAGGGUGCUUCCUUUCGUUCAGUGGUAAUUGUCAGAGACUUGUAUCUGUUUUAUCAAUGACUCUUUUUGUAUACUGUACACAUGGAUGUUAUUUAACAUGUUGAUACUGUCUGACUUAAGUUCUGUUUGUUUAAUGUGAACCUUUCUGCCACAACCAUCAAGCCAGGUUUGCUGAUGAAGACUAGUCAUUGUGAUUAGUCUCUGAGUCCAGAGUCACAGAGGAAGUCCAACAGCUACAACGUCCAAAUUAGGACCAGUUGCUGAGUUUUGUUGUAUUUAUAUAAAUUAUGGCCUUAAUAUCCAAACUAGAUGUAUGUUGCAGAGCUCUGUAUUUGCACUAAGAUAAUCUGAGAGUGGCUCCUGUGCAAGCUCUGGGCAGAAUUUAACGGCAGCUAUGGUAGCUUAUUUAAUGCCGACUGCAAAGCUCUUUCUUUUGUCUAAGUUACAGUACUUGAAUCGCACUGAGAGGCAUCAAGAGUGAACUACCAGUGUAUAAACAUGUUUCCUAUUCUACAGCCAUGCAUUACAAUUACAUUGUCAGAUUUUUUUUUCUACCAGCGGUUUCCUCAGUAUGCAAUAAGGUUGUGCAUAUUCUGUCUUUAACCAUGUUGUAAUAUUUCAUGUAAUGAUUUUUUAAAAAUAUGUUGAUGUAAAAGGGAUCAUGUGGAUUUUUUUUGCUGUCACUUACUCAGCAGUUCAGGUUAUUUUCUAAAAUGAAAAUGUCUUUUGCUGUCCCAGCUUUUUGAACAGUCUAAAGAAUUUACGGAUAAGUCAACAGCCAUGUGAGAAUCAGAGGCUCGUCCACUCUGAGAAGGACACAGUAGCAGAUUGGCUUGUCAACAAUAGACCGUGUAUGUUUUUAUCACGGUGUAUGUUUUAACAGGUUCCAAAACAAAGCUGAAGAGAUGAAUUUGGUUUUCAUACUUUAUUUAGCUGAAAGUAAAGUUAUGAUUUAUCAGCUUUUGGCUUUAUCUUAAAUGAGCUUCUUGUGUCAUUCCACAACUAUGAACCAACACGCACAGCCAAACUGUCUCUGUUUGUUCAGUCACAGAAGUUACUGCAGCAACAACAAUCAUGUGAAGGUCGUGUCAGGAUGACAUGUUGAAUCUUUCCACAUUUCCAAGCACAAGAAUGCUGUGUUAUUAUUUCAGCAGUCCUUCAGGAGAUUUGAGACAGAACAGAACCUCAGGUUUUUUUUAUAUUACUAAUACAAAUUCUUGCAAAUUUUCCAAACAUCAAAAAUGAAAAAAAAUCUUUCCAGCCAUAACUAGUGGUGGAAUUUUAUGAUCUCAGUUAUAAAUAGAUUUGCUUCUAAAAUCAAGGUAUUCAAAAGCCACAACUGGUUUACAUCCCAAUAAAAAGAUCUGUGUUAUGAUUAUAUACCAUGUGUCCUUAACAAAGGCCUUAUUAAGACACUUGAAUCAGGACAGCAACAAGAGAUUAUUAUUCAUAAUUUGCCUGCAUGUUUGAGCUCUUUUUACAACUGCCACAAUCUUCUGAGUUUAGACUCUUUAACAGUGCAGUUUAUUUCUCUCUUUCACAACACAUCGCACACUUCAAACAUCAUCAUCAUUACACAAGUAAUUAAACUUUAAUGGACCAGUUUCUCUUCAAUCAGAUGUUUGAGUGAUGAGUGAGGAUACUGAAACAUCACAAAGCUCAGUGAUGUUUUGUUUGAUUAAAGCACAACAACAUUGGUAGCGUCCAUCUUUUCAAAGAGCUUUUCUUCCUCGUCCUCAGCUUUUACUUAAGCAAAGUACAGUUAUACCAUCAGCUCUCUUUAAUCUAAGUUUUGGUUGGUUUACAUGGAUCCACACUGCUGUGGUCACUCUCGGAUCCCGUCCAUGGUUUCGACUGAUGACUGACCUACAAAACCACAAGUCUCUGAAUAUGUCUGCUUCAUGCUGUGUCAUGGACUGCUCUGUCAUUAUUACAAACGCUUGUUGUGUUUAAAAAUUCUAAACAAAUACUUAAAAGAGUAAAGACUUUGUACAGUGGGAUACGUGUGAUUUUGUAACACUGGAGUUUUUCAUGUAAGUGUCGGCAGCUUUGUCUUCUCAGUGCUUUUCAGUUGACCUGUCUUUUUUAAGGAUGCUGAAAAUGUUUGUGAAGUCAGUCUUGAUUGUUUUAUCGACAUGUUUUAGUCAUGCACCAGCAACAUAAUCAGUAGCCCAAACAAUUCCUGUAGUAGAAUCAGGAAAACUGAAUGUAGUCUGACUUUGUGGCAACCUUUUUCUAAUCCACUCUGAGUAUGUAAAUAUUAAAAUGUUGAAAUCUCCAUGAGACUCACCACUGUGGAGGAUUUACCAAAACACAAGUGAAAUUGAACUUAUUAAUUCUGACUCUUCAGCUCUACAAAUCAAAGAACAAUACAUUAUGAUUAAAAGGGUUUGAUGUAGUGACUUUUAGGGCUUUUUUUUGUACAGUUCAAGUAAGAGACUCUUUGCUUAUGUAAUAAAUGUCAUUCCAAAGAAAA